CUGCCAGGAACACCACGCGCCCCUGAGGAAGGUCUCCCGCUACAGUCACCGGUUCGGUCCUGCCAGGAAGUUUUGAGAGGGAUAGAGAGUGUGGGAAGAGGAAGAUGAAGAUGGCCGUCGGCUUUCAGGCGAGGCUGUGUGUGAUGCUGGCCCUGGUUUCUCAGGUCAGCUGUGCCACCAAGAUGAGGCGGCAGGAUUCAAACCCAACUGUUUUGUAUCCAUGGCGACGGGGAACCGGGGCCAGGGCGUCCUCGGGCCUCAGCAGAGUCAAACGAGACUGGAUCAUUCCACCAAUCAGAGUCUCCGAAAACAGCAAGCACGUCCCUGAAUACCUGGUCCAGAUUAAAUCGGACAAGGUGUUCACCAGUGAGGUUAUCUACAAGCUGGAGGGACCAGGGGUGGACCAGGAGCCAAAAGACUUCUUUGAAAUUGAGGACCACACGGGAUGGAUCAAGUGCAAGAAGCCCUUAGACAGAGAGAAACACAGCAGUUUCAAGCUCAAAGCCUUCGCCCUGUCGCCCAGUGGACAGAGACUGGAGAGCCCAUCCACCAUCGAGAUCGUGGUGCUGGACCAGAACGACAACAGGCCAGAAUUCACCCAGGAGAAGUUUGUCGGAUAUGUCCCAGAAUUCUCUAUACCUGGCACCGCUGUCACUAAAGUGUUGGCGACGGACGCGGACGACCCCGCCACGGAGAACGCGGCGCUGAGCUACUCCAUCCUGCGCCAGGAGAGCGUCCCGCCGCUCCGCGUCAACAAGACCAUGUUCGGCAUCAACAACGCCACGGGCAUGAUCUACACGCGCGACGUGGGCCUGGAUCGAGAGGUGGUGAAGGCCUUCAGACUGACCCUGCAGGUGGCCGACAUGUCAGGGGAGGGACUGUCAGAUGUGUCUUCCGCUGUCAUUCACGUCUCGGACAUCAAUAACAACGCCCCCCAGUUCUCCUCUGACCAGUACACAAUGUUAGCUGUGGAGAACAAAAUUAAGGAGGAGAUUGGCCGAGUUAGUUCCACGGACAAAGACGAGGCCAACACAGAGAACUGGAGAAGCAAGUUUACGAUCACCGGAGGGGACCCAAACGGGCACUUCGCUGUCCGGACGGACCCUUCUACCAACGAGGGCAUCGUGUCUGUGGUGAAGCCUCUGGACUAUGAGUCUCUGAAGGAGCACCAGCUCAUCCUGGCCGUGGAGAACGAGGCUCCGCUCAGCUCCAAGGCACCCCAGGACCCACCCAGCAGCGCCACGGUGACCGUCGUAGUCACCAAUGAGAACGAGGCCCCGCGCUUCAGAAAAGACCCAAUCAGGUUGGAGGCCCUGGAGUCAGCUGAUCCGGGAACCACACUGGCCCAAGACAUUGCCUUCGACCCUGACAACGCAAAACUAAGAUAUGAAGUCCAAGAGGACCCAGAGGAGUGGCUCUCCAUAGACCCUGAAACUGGAGAAAUCAGAACCCAAAAGGCGUUCAACCUGCGGUCACCCCACGUUAAGAACAACGUUUACUACGCUGUGAUCAAAGUUACAGACACCGACCUGGGCGGGAUCUCCACCACGGCCAACGUGGAGCUGAGGCUGCAGGAGACCAAUGACUUCGCCCCGCAGCUCCUCCCCCCGAGCGGCACGGUGUGCCGAAACGCGGCCCCCUCCGGCCUCCUGCUGGGGGCCACAGACCAGGACCAGGCCCCCCAGGCUGAGCCCUUCGGCUUCCGGCUCCUGUCCGAGCCCCAGGGGCCCCUCAACUGGACCGUCGUCCAGGUCAACGAGACACAUGCAGUCCUGCAGCCUCUGACGGACCUGGUCUCAGGUCUGUACUUCCUCCCGGUCUCCGUGUCUGACUCGGGCAGCCCGGCCCUGUCGGCGGUGAGCGUGGUGAACGUGACGGUGUGCCACUGUGACCGCGCCGGGGAGUGUGAGGCCAUGGCGGCCGCCUUCCUCACCACUAGAGCGGGCCUGAGCUUCGCCGCCCUGCUGGUCAUCAUCGGCAGUGUCCUCCUGCUGCUCUUACUGCUCCUCCUGGUGGUCGCAGUGGGGAACUGCAGGCGGCAUCAUCUGCACAAAGGAGCGCUUUUAGGAGGGGUGUCAGAUGAUGAUAUUCGUGACAACAUUCUGAACUACGACGAGCAGGGCGGCGGAGAGGAGGACGAGAAUGCGUACAACAUCGAUCAGCUGAGGAACCCGAAUGAGGUGGUCCCCUCUCCAGACGUGACCCUCCCGAGAGGGAAACAGCCUCUCAGAAAAGACGCCCCCCACAAUCUACCCUCCCCUGCGUAUCCCCGAAAAGCCCCCGGGGACCCCACGGACAUUGAGGACUUCAUCAACGAUGGCCUGGAUGCGGCAGACAAUGACCCCAACGUGCCCCCCUAUGACACGGCCCUCAUCUACGACUACGAGGGGGACGGCUCCCUGGCCGGCAGCUUGAGCUCCAUCGCGUCGGGCAGUUCGGACGGGGAUCAGGACUACGACUAUCUCAACGACUGGGGUCCCCGCUUCCGGAAACUCGCCGACAUGUACGACCCGCGCUAAAGGAAAACUCCCCACGCAAAAUGUCUGCCCCUUCGUCUCCCUCUGACUACCGGUGCCCACCCCUCCCACUCCAAAGCCUUCCCAUCCCACUCAGGAGAGCCCUGACCUCCUGUUUGUCCAGUCCGGAAUGAAGAAAGACGGUUGAAGUGAUUGGUUCAUGCAUGAGACUGUUUGGCCACGGGGAUGGUAAAAUGGUAAUGGUUGGAAUUUUUAUAGCGCCCCUUUAUCCAAAGCGCUGUGCGAUUGAUGCUUCUCAUUCACCCAUUCAUACACACACUCAUACUCACACAGAAAUGGCGAUUGGCUGCCAUACAAGGCACCGACCAGCUCAUCAGGAGCAUUUAGUGGUUUAGGUGUCUUGCUCAGGGACACUUCAACACACCCAGGGUGGAAUUGAACCGGCAACCCUCCGACUCGCAAUUUCAUCAUGAUGGCUCAAGAAUCUGCUCAUUUUCUGACAACAUCUGUUGUGACAGCCUCAUGCAAUGCUGUGACUUUUUUAUGUCUAUGUUAUUGAUAUGGUUGUUGAGGAAGUUGUAAUAUUGUAAUUUGUAAUAUUGUAAUUUGCGAUUUACAAUUUUACGACUUGACAGUAAACGUUCAGGUGGUGGGCAGUCUUGGUUUGUAAGACGCAAGGAUUUCACACCCAGAACAAAAUGGAGGAGUUGUACAGGUAGGACAGAGAGGGACAGGAGGGGUGUGGGGGCAGGGCAGGACAGUACUAACCUGAGGCCAGACUGGUGAUAGACAUGAGCAUUUAUUGAGGCAGAUUUUUAUUAAUGAAAUAAGAAUGAGUAAAACUCCUAAAAACUCCCACUCCCCAUAAAUAAAUAAAGAGCAAAAAAGGAUUUAUUAGGGUUCACUGUCACCAGUGCAUUUGUAAGAAUGAUUGAAUGGGUUUACAUUGUAGCAUAAUGGUGACCAUAAGGGCUAGAAGGUUAAAGUUUGGGCUAAUACCACAGAAAGAAACAUGAGUUCUGAAUGCAGUCAAGUAAGUGAACAAGUGAGCAGUACUUAAGCAACAGUAAUAUUUAAGAGAGCUUGAGAAGGGUUAGAGAAAGUGCUUUCUGUGUGGCCUGCCCACGUUGUUCUUUUGGAGUAUAUGGGAUCUAACUUUUUGUAUUCAGAUUGAUAAAAGUAAUUCUCGAUCAUAGACGAGGGCUACUGACUUAGAGGCGAAAAGAACAACCAUUGUGAAAAAGUAUGAAAUAUGUAUUAAUAUUUUCUUCAAUUUUAAUAUUUGUUCAUUCCAUUUUACCUGACAGUGCUUAAAGAAAAUAGACAACAAGUGCAAAAUGUGGUUUGUACUAACUAUAAAUUGGAAGCCAGUUCAACAAGCCUUCUCUUGUAAUCACUGAAUACUUCUCCCACUUGUUUUUACAGAGGUUAUGGAAGUGUCUGUAUAUUUGCUUAUUUUAAUGUCACAAAGGGAAUGACAAGUGAGCAUUACGGAAACAUAGUACUUGAUUUAGGUGUAAAGGGUUUUUGAAAUCUUUCUGAUUUCUGCCUGCCUUUGUGUCCAAUUAUUUUUGUUUCAUGGAUUGAUUCUGUUUCGUUCAGCAAUCAUUCAUGGGGAUUCAUAAAAUUAUGAAUAUCCACAUUUUUUUACUUUGAUGUAACACUAACAUACAUACCAAAAGUGGAAGGGCAUUUCAGAAAAUUUUACAAAUUACGUUCAGAGAAUUCUGACGGUAUAAACUAGUAUCCACAAGUAUGAAAUUAUAACUUUUUUGAGUUUUUCAUAUGUAAACUACUCCACUCAGAAAGAUGUAUGUCUGUUUCUACAAAUGAAACAUAAAAUCUUGAUACAAUUAUUUAUUUUCUGAAGAUUUUUAAUUUAGCGUAACAUCAAAUGAUUUGUUAUGUUUGUUUCUGUGUUUCUUUUUGUAACAGCAAAUUGGGCCAUGGCCAUUAUAAUACAA